AAAGAAACAUUAUCAGCAAAGAUAGCAUACCUUAAAAUGGCUGAUGCACCUAGAGUAUCAUCCACAGGGCCCGAUUCUAUACUAGAAAUAAACAUUGAGAUUUCAGACUUUGAGCCUAUUAGCAUAUAG